CGGUGCCACACCCUUGGGCAUGAGCUGUCACCUUAUUAAAGUGGCUUCCACACCAUCUGGAGCUGGAGUGGGGCAGCUGCGUAGAGAAGAAGCCUGGACAUUACUAGUGAGACAGAGGGACAGCUGCAAUGGCCGGGAAGCCCGUGCUUCACUACUUCAAUGGUCGAGGCAGAAUGGAGUGCAUACGGUGGCUCUUGGCUGCAGCAGGAGUGGAGUUUGAAGAGAAGUUUGUAGAAACUCCAGAAGACAUGGAAAAGUUAAUAAAAGAUGGGAGCUUGAUGUACCAGCAAGUCCCCAUGGUGGAGAUUGACGGCAUGAAGCUGGUGCAGACCAGAGCCAUUCUCAACUACAUUGCUACCAAAUACAACCUCUAUGGGAAGGACAUGAAGGAGAGAGCCCUGAUUGACAUGUAUGCAGAAGGUAUUUUCGAUCUGAGUGAAAUGGUGAUGAGUCUGGUGUUAUGUCCUCCAGACCAAAGAGAGGCAAAUAUUGCCUUGGUCAAAAACAAGAUAAAAAACCGUUACUUGCCUGCCUUUGAAAAGGUGUUAAAGAGCCAUGGACAAGACUACUUUGUUGGCAACAGAUUAACUAGGGUUGACAUUCACCUGCUGGAACUUCUCUUGUACAUUGAAGAGUUGGAUGCCAGCCUUCUGGCAAGCUUCCCUCUUCUGAAGGCCCUGAAAACCAGAAUUAGUAACCUUCCCAAUGUGAAGAAGUUCCUGCAGCCUGGCAGCCAGAGGAAGCCUCCUCCUGAUGUGGAAAAAAUCGCAGAAGCAAGAAAGCUUUUCAACUUUUCAUAAAGCUGCAUUAAACCAGCCCAUGUAUAUCAAACUCUGAUGUUUGUAGUAAUGAAGUGCUUGGUUUGAUUGUGUACCUGGCUACUGUGAGAUAAUAAACAUGAACAAAUGGUGUUUGUACCAAGA